GAUGGAAGGGGACUGCGGGGCUGUCGAUAAUCAAUAAUCACCGGAGUUUACCGGAGGAUAGAUAACGAGCUCAUUUUAAUGUUGGUGGCAGUUGUGUUAUUGUUGUUCUAUCGGCAAAAAUAUGUCUUCAAAACACCAAGUGCACUUUUUGUUGCUUUAUUUUGACAUGCUACUCGGAUUUGCUGUGGAUGGGAUGUCUGUUCAUGGAGAAACAUGGAGUUUUCAGUUUUCAGAGAAAGUGGAUUUGUUGCAGCAUUUCUCUCAGAUGGUGAACAGCGCCACCAAUGUGUCCUUAUCAAUGGACAGUCAGAGGUGCCCCACUCUCCACAUUGGCCUUUAUGGCAAUCUGAUGAUGGCAACACAACAGGCGUUUGGACCCAGGUUUUCUGAUGAGUUCAGCUUGCUGAUGGAGCUGCGCAGCUCUCAGAUGGAGAAGAGCAGUGUGGUGACUCUGUUAAACUCCCAGCAUCAUGUCCACCUGCAGCUCCGCCUCGGCCCCUCUUCACUCACCUUCAUCUCCACCCAGCGCAGAGAAUACGAGUAUGCAUGACCCCUGGAAAAAUAUCCCCAUGCUGUACUAUGAUUAACCAUAGCAUGUAAUGCGCCCUCUGCACUAGAACAUAAAUAGGAAGCCAAAUAGCAACCUGUAGAUGCAGGAUCUUAGUGAGACGUGUCCCAUGUUCCCAGAUCUCAGCAGUCCCGAGUGUCUCCCCUUUCUUACUAAACCUGUCCUGCUUCAAUCAAAUGAAGGUUCACGGUGGGCUCUCUGUGGGAUGGUCAGUGGCACCGGGUGGCACUUAGUGUCUCCCCGCUUUGGCUGGAGGUGUAUGUGGACUGUUCUUUGGUGGAGAGGGUGAACUGGGCCUAUCCUUGGCAGCGCAUCUCCACCAAUGGCGUUCUGAUGAUCGGAGGCAGUCUGGACAGCUCAGAGACACCGUUUGAAGGUGCUGUGAGACAGAUGACUUUUGUGAUAGGGGAUCCAGACACUGCCAGAGACCAGUGUACUCUCAAUCAGCCUCCGUGCAACCCACCAUCCUCCAGGGCUCUCCAGGAUCACCUGUCAGAGAGAAACCCUGCAGACUCCAACAAUCAAGAUGCUGCUGACCAAAGCCAAGGCUUUGGACUUGUUGAUGAACCUCACAUUGUGUUGACAACUAACACUGAAGAUGUUAGAAGAGGUCAGAGUACUGAAUCCGCUCCAAGCAUCCAAACAUCAGAUGAAAAUAUCAUCCAACAAAGUGCAGUGGAUACAGCUCUAACCUCACCUGAUUCACAGACACAAACGUCUGAGGUCAAAUCGCACAAUGUUACUUUGGUGAGGUAUAACAAUGUGAUACUAUCAAUGGCAGCAAAAGGACAUUGGGAGACAAACAGACCACUUCCUCAGUUAAGAAGCAUUGAGGACGGGCAGCAUUCCAGUCUGCAGCACAUGGGAUCAAAGCCAUCUGCACCUUCUGGGAACAUCAUUUAUGGAUCUGACCAGAAAAUCUACCGAAUCCAUAAAGGUCUCUCUGGGCCAAUUGGACCACAAGGAAGGAGAGUAAGCAUCUCCUUUAUGAUAUAAUUCGUCAUGCAUUAUUGUUGGAUACAAUAUAGCACUUAAAUUGUUGAUUUAGUGUAAGUAUGUGG